AGUCUUUACAGAUCUCCAUUUUCUUAUUUCCCGAUAGCUAGGAGCAGAAGACGAAAAGCGUUGCAAAAUGAAUGAAGAGUACGACGUUAUCGUCCUGGGCACCGGGCUUACGGAAUGCAUUUUAUCAGGCAUUAUGUCAGUAAAGGGGAAGAAGGUUCUUCACAUGGACCGCAACUCAUACUACGGAGCUGAGAGCGCUUCUAUCACACCACUGGAAGAUCUCUACCAGCGCUUCCACCUGCCUGGGACCCCUCCAGAGUCAAUGGGAAAGGGACGGGACUGGAAUGUGGACCUCGUCCCAAAGUUCCUCAUGGCUAAUGGCCAGCUGGUCCGCAUGCUGCUGAUCACACAGGUGACUCGCUACCUGGACUUCAAGGUGAUUGAAGGCAGUUAUGUGUACAAGGGAGGGAAGAUCUACAAAGUGCCCUCCACUGAGACUGAGGCCCUGGCAUCCAGCCUGAUGGGAUUGUUUGAGAAGCGACGCUUCCGGAAGUUCUUGGUCUUUGUUGCCAACUUCGACGAGAAUGACCCUAAAACCAUGGAAGGCGUGGAUCCCAAAAAGACCACCAUGAGGGCCAUCUUCCAGAAGUUCAGCCUGGGACAGGAAGUCAUCGACUUUACCGGCCACUCCCUGGCGCUCUACCGCACAGACGAGUACCUGGAUCAACCCUGCAUGGACACGAUAAACAGAAUAAAGCUUUACAGCGAAUCUCUGGCCAGAUACGGCAAGAGCCCGUACCUCUACCCUCUGUAUGGCCUGGGAGAGCUGCCGCAGGGCUUCGCCAGGUUGAGUGCCAUCUUUGGUGGGACGUACAUGUUGAACAAGCCCAUAGAGGAGAUCGUGAUGGAGAAUGGGAAGGUGGUGGGAGUCAAGUCUGAGGGAGAGGUGAGCAGUUUUUACUCACAGUAAAUGGUACAAACUUGG